CCCCAAACCAGUUCCGUCCACCAAAAUCAUCAAGCAUUUUGCUCUGAUUCUAUCCAUUUAUACACAUUAUCUAUCUUCAUAUCAGCUGCAUAAAUCUUAUUGCAACAUCAUGUCCUCUUUAGCCACAGCCAUUCCCGCCGGUUCUUGGGUUCUUGUGACCGGUGCCAGCGGAUUCCUCGCCUCCCACGUCACCAGCCAAUUCCUAAAGCGUGGCUUCCGAGUUCGGGGUACCGUUCGGGACGUCAGUAAAUCUUCAUGGCUUGUUGAAGGUCCUUUCAAAUCCUACGCAAAAGACGGUGUCUUCGAGCUUGUGGCCGUACCUAAUCUCGGAGCUGACGGCGCCUACGAUGAAGCCAUCAAGGGUGUUGCGGCUAUUUUGCAUGUCGCCUAUGUCACCAAGAUCGUCCCUGACCCGAACGAGGUAAUUACCCCAACAAUAAACGGCAUCCGGUCUAUCAUGGACGCAGCAAUGCGAGAGCCCUCCGUCAAAAGGGUCGUGUUUACUAGCAGCGCCUUGACCGCUUCAGCGCUCACCCAGGGCAUCGACAACGGCACGGUAGGGCGAAACUCAUGGAACGAUGCCGUCCUCGAGGCUGCCUGGGCCCCGCCUCCUUAUGGUGUGUCGCAUGCCAUGGCUAAUUAUCCCGCCAGCAAGGUUGCUGCUGAAAAAGAAGUGUGGAGGCUCGUCGAGGAGAACGAGCUUCCUUUCACGGUCAACGUCGUGUCUCCCGCGGGAAUUAUCGGGGAACCCCUUAAUAAGACCCACAUAGAGGGACAAGCAAACUGGGUUGUUCACGCCUUUAGAGGUAACAGGAAGUCCAUGGACCCAAUGCUAGCUUCUUUUUACGGUGAUGUGAAAGACCUGGCAUUGAUCCACGUCGCAGCCGUUCUAGAUCCCGAGGUCAAAAAUGCACGCCUACAGAGUUGGGGACAUAGCACUCACUGGAACGAUAUUUUGGCUGUUCUGCGCAAACUCCGUCCGCAGAAAAAUUUCAUAGAAGACUACCCUGAUCCUCAGCAUCUCAAAAUAUCGGUCGACCAGUCGGACUCUAUUGCGCUCCUGAAGAAGUGGUCCGACAAGGAUGGAUGGACGUCUUUGGAGGACAGCGUCUUUGAAAACAUCACUACCCCGUACUUGGAUGAUUGA